UCUAGGCGCCAGCGGUUCUCCAAAGAUAAAAUACCGUCAAGUAUUAUUCAACGGCAAUCGUCGCGUGCGUUUUAACCAAAUAUACUUCAAAUCGAAAAUUACCUGGAAAAACGGUGGAGGAAAGUGAAUUUUAGUUUUUGGAAAAGAAGAAAUUCCAAAAGCAAGCAGCAGUUUUAAAAAAGAUAAUUGCUCAGCAGCAUCUAGUUUCUCAGCGAGGACAAAUAAACCCGAGAAAGAAAAAACAAACAUAAGAAAUGGACUCUGCCGCCGCCGCCGCCGCCAAGCGCGUCCAAAUCGAGAAGGCCCACAACUUUAUGCGCCAGUAUCGCGAUCCCGAGUCCAGGGAACUCAAGAAGCUGUCGGCCAACCAGUUCAUGGAUGUCUGGGCGCACUACGAUAAAGAUGGAAAUGGCUACAUUGAGGGCACCGAGCUGGACGGAUUCCUGCGGGAGUUCGUGUCGAGUGCCAAUGCCACAGACAUUAGUCCGGAGGCUGUAACGGACACCAUGCUCGAGGAGCUGAAGUCCUGCUUCAUGGAGGCCUACGAUGACAAUCAGGAUGGUAAAAUCGAUAUCAGAGAGCUGGCUCAACUUUUGCCCAUGGAGGAGAAUUUCCUUUUGCUCUUCCGCUUCGAUAAUCCUCUGGAAUCUAGCGUUGAAUUCAUGAAGAUCUGGCGUGAAUACGACACCGACAAUUCGGGUUACAUUGAAGCGGAUGAGCUGAAGAAUUUCUUGCGCGAUUUGCUCAAAGAGGCCAAAAAGAUCAACGAUGUGUCCGAGGACAAGCUCAUUGAGUACACCGAUACUAUGCUCCAAGUAUUCGAUGCCAACAAGGACGGACGUCUGCAGCUGUCGGAAAUGGCCAAAUUGCUUCCGGUUAAAGAGAACUUCCUGUGCCGCCAAGUGUUUAAGGAGGGCAUUGACGGCGCCACAAAGUUGACCAAAGAGGAUAUUGAAAAAGUAUUCUCACUCUACGAUCGUGACAAUAGCGGCACCAUUGAAAAUGAGGAGCUCAAAGGCUUCUUGAAGGACCUUUUGGAACUGGUCAAGAAGGAUGACUACGAUGCCCAGGAUUUGGCCGCUUUCGAGGAGACCAUCAUGCGGGGAGUUGGCACCGACAAGCAUGGAAAGAUCUCCCGGAAAGAACUGACCAUGAUCCUGCUGACACUGGCCAAAAUAUCGCCCGACGACGAGGAGUAAGCCGGAUGUUCGAGAACAUACCAAAAAGAGAUUUUAGCCGACUCUAUUUUUGUCACCCGAACGCGGGAAAUCCAGAAAUGAGGCUCCAAAAUGGGCUUCGAGGCAAUUGUUUACUUUAGAGCUGCAUUAAAAGGGGCAGCAAAUAAAACAAAAAA